UCAGGCUUCGUAGCAGAUAGAGCAGCAAAAACAAGAUAUCACAAACAUUUGUAGUUCAUCCAUCCCAUAAAACUUUCGACCAAAUUUCCUAAUUUAGCUCUACUACAGUUCAUGACAGACACCCAAAACCUCAAAACUUCUCUUCAGAUCAUUUCUUUGAGUCUUUCUUCUUCUUCUUUUGUUGUCUGUUAAUAAACCUUAAUAUUUUGUUCUGAGGAAGCAAGGGGGUUUCAGGUUUGUGCCAAAAAAUAAGAUAUGAAACUCACCAAGGUGGAUUCUAUGUGUUCUCGUACUGGGAGGGACUUGCAGAGGUAUAAUGUUCAAGGUUGUCGCCAGGUUGUUGGCUGCAUUCCGUACAGAUACAGGGAAGGCAAGUCCAUUAUUGAUGGGGCCCCCCUAGUUGAUGAUCUGGAAUUCCUUCUGGUCAGCUCUCAGAAAAGUCCAAGGAUGAUGUUUCCUAAGGGUGGUUGGGAACAGGAUGAAUCUUUGGAAGAAGCAGCGCUUCGAGAAACCUUUGAGGAGGCUGGAAUAUAUGGAGAGGUUGGGAGUUGUUUAGGCAAAUGGUUUUUUAAGAGCAAGAGCCUAGGAGUAUUACAUGAGGGGUUCAUGCUGCCUUUGAUUGUUGUGGAGGAGCUUGACGAUUGGCCUGAGAAAGAUGUUCGCCAACGAGCAUGGGUGUCGUAUAGGGAAGCCAUGGAAGUAUGCUUUCAUCCAUGGAUGAAGGAAGCUUUGGAUCUCUUGGUUUCUCAGCUUACCCUUCAACAACAAGAAGAUGAAGAAGAAGAUGAUGAUGAGAAUAUUGAGGCAAGAAAUGGCAUGGUGACAGAACAAAUGCUGAGGAAUAUUGAAUUAGAGCCAAGCAUUGAAAUUUUGGCCCAAAGUGUGAGUGUGCAAGGGAACAGCAAACAAGAAAUGAGAAUGAGUAGUGUUGUUGGUGAGAGUGUGCAGAAAAAGGAGGAUGAAAUGUUGAUGAACGACGUUGUAGCUGAGGAAGAAGGUUAUUGGAUAGAAGUGUUGACGACGAGCAAGGAGGAGCAAAGCAGUGGCAGUAGUUUAGCUCAGAGUCUGAAAAGAAAGGUGGAAGAGCCUCAUCAUCAUCAUCAGUUACUGAUAGAGAUCUUGGUGAGUGAUGAACCCCUCAGCAUUGUAGCUCAAAGUCUGCAUCACAGAAAUGAAGAUCCCCGAACAAGCUGCUGUUCCAUUGAAUUCUUGAGGAUCCCACAGUCUGCAUAGAAAUGAAGAACCAAGAACAAUUAAGCUGUUCCAUAGAGUUCUUGAAUCAGGAUUAUAGCUAGCCCGCAGAAGAUCAUAUCGAAGAUCAGAGGAACUUGCUUGUCUGUCUAUGACUCUGAUGAUCCACUUUCUCACCCCAGUUUCCAGCUAAUUAAAGGACACACAAAACAUGGAAACUCGGGUUCACAUCAAAGUAGAGAGAUCAAACUAGAGGUUAUAGAACCUUAUUAAUUCCUAACCUGAUGAUUAUAUUCUUUCAUUCUUUAGCAAAAAUGUAAUGAGAUCCAUCCAUUCUUUCAUCUCAAGCUGGUUCAGAUUCCCUGAACCCUUAGGUUAGAUUUUAAUUUGUACAACCAUAUGAGCUGUACAGCCAUAGCCAUGUAAGCAAUAAAAACACAAGUGUUUCAGUUCCCUUUCAUUCAACUAUCUGAAACUGAUGAAAAAGAUGGA